GUGGGACAUGUCGAUUUGACAAGUCGAUAUAUUCAGUUCUUGCAUCGCACGGUCUCUAAACGGUGGCCAUCGUUUCGCUUUUUAAAGACAAUUUACAUUGAAACUAGUUUGGCAAACAGUUUUAUUUUUCCAUUAUUCGAAGCUGUUUGAACUGGAAUUGUUUCAAAUUGUGCACAGUUUUGCUUUAGUUCGCAAUUUUCUUACUUCAAUUUGUAAGAGAAUUUUUGAUGAACAAUAAAUUCGCUAGAUUGGAUUAAAUCGAAUUGAACGUUAUUGGAUUGUUGCUAAUUGAAUUGAAAGUCUAUUGUCUGAAUUGAGAUUUUUAUUGAUUUUGUGCAAAUAAAAUCCGGCAGAAGAUGAAAGUAGAGCCUCUACGAACUGGGAAUAGUGGAAAGCAAAACUCCUUGGAAGAAGAUAUAGCGAUUCAGCAAAAUAAUUGGCUUCAAAAUGAAAUUAUCAACACAACAUCGCUACGAUCCUCGCAAUCGAUAAGAUCUGGGCACUUGGGCUCAGCUCUGAUUCGCACUCAACCGACAGCUGUGCAAACACCACCGAUCAUAAUCCAAAAACAACCAACGGUACCACCUCCUGAACUCACACCGCCAAUAAAUUGUCCACCCGGUUUGGAAUACCUAGCCACGGUCGACCAAUUAUUAGUUCAACAAAAAGUGGAGUUGGUCGAGGCAAUAACAGGUUUCGAAACAAAUAAUAAGUUCAAUGUAAAGAAUACACUCGGCCAAAAAGUAUACUGGGCCGCCGAAAAUAAUGAUUGCUGCACGAGAAAUUGUUGCGGCCCGUUACGUCGAUUUAAAAUGCAAGUGUUUGAUGCCUACCAAAAUGAGGUAAUGCACUUACGACGGCCAGCUGCGUGUGAUAGUUGCUUUUUCCCAUGCUGUCUACAAUCGAUCGAAGUGUCUGCGCCGCCCGGCCGAUAUAUCGGUUCUGUGCAACAGAAAUGGUCAGUGUGUCAUCCAUAUUUUUCAAUCAAAGACUUGCACGGUGACACAAUUUUACGCAUUGAAGGUCCACUAUGUACAUGGUCGAUAUGUGGGAAUGAUGUCGAGUUUAAAAUUUUAAAUAUGAAUGGUGUCGAAAUCGGAAAAAUUUCAAAACAAUGGUCAGGUUUAGCACGUGAACUGUUUACGGACGCCGACUUCUUUGGAAUUUCAUUUCCAAUCGAUUUAGAUGUAAAUAUUAAAGCUAUUAUGUUAGGCGCAUGUUUUCUAAUCGAUGCAAUGUUCUUUGAGAAAUCGGACCAUCGCGAAAAUGAUAGACCAGGAAUGUUUUAAUUUAAUUAAGUUCAAUAUGAGCUGAUAUUUGAAAUGAGGAAAAAAAUUAUUCUUUUUCAAAUAAAAAUAGAAACAUAGGCAUUGAAACGCCAUCUUUGAACAGUAUUCGAAAAGGUAAAUGUCAUUGAAAAAAAGACACAACAUAACCAUUAACCAAGCAACAACCUGUGAGUUUGGAGUUUGCACAAAAAAGUGUUUAUUUGACAGAACAUUAAUAAUCAUCGGCAGCAAAAUGAUCAAUAAAAAGUAUCCGCUGAUAAUAUUUGGCAUUAUCGGUGCUUAUCAUAUUGGAACACACUUCAUGAAUGCCGACCUAGAAAAAAACCGUGAGAUACAAAGAGCCAAAGCCGAAGCUGAACGACUAGAACGAAUCAAACAAAUUUAAUGGAUCGAAACAAAAACCAAACACAUCGUAUUGAAUGUGACCUGAAUCGUUAUUUAAUUGUUAGAAAUUUGAAUAAAAAGUACAAACAAUUGUGAAUUUUAUUUAACGAAAA